UUCGAUUUCUCUCACAGAGUAGCAACAACGGAGUCUCAUUGUUGAUUGAUGGCUACUUGUUACAAGUUGGUGUACUUUCCAGUACGUGCGAGAGCAGAACAUAUUCGUUUGAUGUUGGAAGACUUAAAGCUUCCCUAUGAGAUGGAGAUAAUUCCAAAGGAGAACUGGAGAGCCUAUCGUGAUGCAGCCAAAGGUACGGCUGCACUACCAUUUGGACAGCUACCGAUACUCAGGUACGGAGAAUUCACACUAGCACAAAGUGGAGCUAUUGCUAGAUUCCUUGCAAGAAAAUACAACCUGUAUGGCUGCAGUGAGAAGGAAAUGGCAAUGUGCGAUAUGGUCUAUGAAACAGUGCGAGAUAUAUUUGAGGUUUAUGAUGCAUUUAUAUUGGAUUCGCAAAGAGCAUCGAAAGAAGAGAAGUUUUAUAUGGAUAUAUCUCAACGUUUGAACAACCUUGAAAAGUUUGUUCAGUAUCAAAAUGCAGAUUAUUCAGUAUGUAAUACGCCGACAUUUGCUGAUUAUUGGUUGGAAGAGCAGCUCGACUACUUACUCAGAAUCAAGUCUUCUAUUUUGCAUGGAAGAAAUGCUUUGCAACGAGUAUACCACAACAUGAGAAGUAGACCAAAUAUUGAAGCCUAUUUGAAAUCAGAGAGAAGAAUAGACAAACCAGUCCCAGUGGACGAUGCCUAACGUAUUACGAUUGAGGCUUUUCAUUUUCAUAAUAAAUUUCUUUCAACCUGAGUUUUUUAAAACAUGGAAAGAACCACAAUUCAAUAUGGUUUAGCUCAUACAAUGAAUAUCACGACCUGUCUCAAAAAAGUGCAUUUUUGAUAGAAACUCCAAAACCAAAAUACUUUCACUCAUAAAAAGACAAAGUGAUCUCGUGAAAGUAGCUAAAAGCGCAAGAAUAUCCUUUCCUCUUCCUGUUAUAUUCCAACAAGAAACUUUCUUUAUCUCAAGUUUGGUCUCGUGAACUCCAAGUAUUCCCUUUUGCCAUAGCUCGUGUACCGCUAAAAUACCCAGGUCCAGAAGAAACCGAUUAUUGCUUUUCAGGUUAGGGUAUAGCUUCCAACAACUUUCAGUCACCAAGCUUGUAUUCGAAGUUUCAAAAGAAUCUAUGAGAGAAGGAAUCCACUGCAAUUUCCCUAUGCUUUGGUCACGUUUCCGAAAAAGCUGUAGACUUAGUUGCAACUGCCUACUUAUACCUAUUGCUGAUGCCGUUUCUUUUCCCCAAGUAGGCUGGUGAGACCACUGCUAUAAGAAAAACCGGAGUGUUUUG